AUGAGUCAUUCUGCCUUGCGAUGUGCAUCCGGACGAAAACUUCACUUAGACUCGGUCAUAGCCGACCCGGGACAGAACGAUUUUACUUUUGUCAUUAUGGCCGAUCCGCAACUGGGCCUGCUAGAAAGAUAUGUGGAAAAGCGCACAGAACCGUAUCAUUGGGAUCGUGAUUUGCACUGUGUGGACCGUGCCGUAGCCUUGAUCAAUCAAAUCCAACCCAGACCGAUAUUUGUGCUCGGUUGCGGUGAUCUUGUCGACAGUCAACCAGGACACAAAUAUCGUGCCUGUCAAACUGGAGAUCUGUUGGGCUCACUUUCCCUACUGGAUUCUUCCAUACCGUUUAUCAGUUUGCCGGGAAAUCACGAUGUUGGGGAUUCGCCGAACCCUUCAGACCUGGCCGAUUAUCGUGACACUUGGGGUGAUGAUUACUACACGUUUGAAACAAAUGGAGUGGAAUUUCUAGUGUUAAAUUCUCAACUUAUGUGGAACGAUUCAAAAUGUAAAGAAGAAAGUAGAGAAUUUCAAAGUUGGUUCAAUUCAGAGACUGCCCGAAUAAAAACGAACACAAACCAAGUAAAAAUAGCUUUUCAACACAUUCCGUAUUUUAUUGAACAACCGGACGAACCCGAUGACUAUUUCAACAUUCCUCUCAAAAUGCGUGCCACAUAUUUACGCAAUUUGUACGAGGCGGGUGUGCGUCACGUGUUUACCGGGCAUUUGCAUCGAAAUGUCUGUCGCACAUGGUCUCCAUCCGGUUCCGACUCGACCGCGGACCCGUUACAUCUGAUUUCCACCUCAUCCGUUUCCGUGCAACUUGGUCCCGAUCAAGCGGGUCUACGAUUUGUACAAAUUUGCCCCAACCCGCCUCGGAUUCGGCAUGCGUACUACAGCCUUGAUCAGUUAGAAACAAUGUUACACAAAGCGAUGCAACCACAUUUUCCUUCCUAA